AUGGAGGGAGCCAUGUACGAUGACGACGAGAGGAAGCUCGAGGAGCAGAUGCAGCUGCAACUGCAGCAGCACUUGCAGGUGAUGCAGCAGCUGCCGGGGCGGGUGGAGGAGGGCGACGGCGCCAUGAUGGGGGAUGCCUUGGUCGGCGAGGGCAUGGUCCUGCGGGGCGUGGAGGACGACGACUCCUCUCUGCCGGUGGACGCGGGUGGCGUGGGGAUGUCGCGCCCAAACCAACUUACCCUCUCUUUCCAGGGCCAGGUCUAUGUGUUUGAUUCCGUUGCCACCGACAAGGUCCAGGGAAUAUCUUCUUCUUCUUCUUCUUCUCUUCCUCUUUCUCGUUCUAUCUCUUAGAUUAAUGCCUGCUGUGCCCUGUCGCUACCAAUUGGCGAAGCAUGUGAAAGCAAUGCCGCGACUAAUGCCUUUCUUUUAGCCUACGGACCGGUAGGAGCCCUGGUUUGGAGCGUUGUCGUUCAAGCAAUUUCUUGCUCGUGGAAAACUGGGCAUGCUCAUCACGUUCUUCUGUUAUUGGGCUCUGUGUUAUGUUUUCCGGUCUCCUAUCUUCUUUAUUUUCUAUGGGUUACGGCAAGGAGGUCCUUGGGCAAAGUGUUGGAACCAUUCUUGGAGAUGCGUGGUUAGGCGCUCCUCGUGCACGAUGAAGAAUGAGUCUAAACGCUUUCCAUCGAGGGCACUCGGUGUUCGGUCUGUAGAUGGAAGCCAUUUGCUGUUUCGUUUGUGCUCGACCAUGAUGCCCUCUCUACAUUAAAGGAAUCGUUGGAUUUUUGGAAAAUGUUAUCGGGCCACAUAUCCAGCCACCUGAAUGGCAAAUUUUUCCGGCGACCAGUUUUUCUUCCACAAUUAAUUGGGGAUGUUAUCGUUAUUUUUGCCAAAAAAUGAAAUAGCCUUCUGUCAAAUAGAAUGGAGGAAUAGGGUGAUUUGGUGUUGCAUCCAUUUUUCUUUUAUUUAUUUAUUUAGCUUCGUUCUUGGUUAUCUUAGUCAAUGACCACCUUUCUUAUAAAAGCACAUCAAUGAAAAGAGAAAAAAAAGCGCGAUUUCUUUCUAAUUUGUGCUAUUACAAAGUAUGGAAAGCAUGAUGGGUUUGAAUGAUAUCAUGUCUGUCUGGUUCCUACGACUUUCCGCCCUUGUAUAACUGUGACGCUUUCCUUAUCAGAAUGAGAAGCUUCUACGUGGAUAUCUGUUUUUUUCCGCUGGAUGCUUGCUGCUUCUAAUUCCAUGCAUCAAUGGAUCAGCUGAAUUUUGUGUGCAUCCUGCUCUUUGCAGGUACAAGCAGUGCUAUUGCUGCUGGGAGCGCAAGAGCUGCCUCCCGAAAUCGCCAGCAUGGCCGAUCCUUCACGUCAGAAUAAUAGAGUAUGUUUUUCUCAUGAUAAGAUUAUUUUCACUGUAGCAUGUGAACAUGACCUCAUUAAUCUCCCCAUUUUCAGGAGUCUAAUGGUUUUGCGCAAUCUACAAACAGCUAUCAGAGACAGGCUUCUUUAAUGAGAUUUAAGGAGAAGAGGAAAGAACGAUGCUUUGACAAAAAGAUACGUUACCAUGUACGUAAAGAGGUCGCCCAAAGGUAUUACUCGUUUCUCUGUGUAUUCAUUUUACAGUUUCUUGCACAAAUGGUUCCUGUAAGGACUAGUUAAUUUUUUCCAAUGGUUCUGGUGGUACUCUCUGUAAAGAUAUGUAGCUUAGCCAAACUUCACUGUGAUAAAUGCUUCCUAUUGAAACGUUUUUAUUUUUUAAUAAAAUUAUGCCAAUUAAUUCCUUGUUUUAGAGUAUUUCUAGCCUGUGUUUUAGAGUCCGAACUUCCAUCUGCGCCAUUUCCUUGUUGCACGUCAGAAAUUUCCAUUGAUGAGCGGCUUUUGUAAUUUAUAAGCUGUGAUGCCAAACGAGAUUGUCUGGUUCGAGUAAAAGAAACGGUCCAUAGUUCCUCCUCUACAUGUUUGUCUGAUUCUGACCAACGGCAUGCCACCGAAUUUCCGUUUUUAAUCUGUGUGAUUUCGUAAAAGCAUCAUUUUACACAGACGUAAUCACUCUCUGAACAAGGGAUAGGCCUAAAGAGGAUAUGCCUUCAACCUCGAUACACGUUUCUGUUCUCUGUUGCUCUGGCUUUGUAUUAUUAUUAUUUUUUUUUGGUAUGUUGAUGGGGUUUGUGCGAAAGGAAUUCGACUCCUUAUCAUACGCUAGAUUUAGUUUUGUCUCUUCCAUGUGAAGCUGUUAUAUCAAUGUUGGGCAAGGCCUGUUCUUAAUACUGAAUGUGCUCUGAAGAUCAGAGCAUCAAGAUGGGCUCUUUAUAUAUUUUCAAUUGUUCAGUUCUUAUGGGUCGGUACUGAUCAUAUUUGAUUAUUUCGUGCAUUCAUUCAAAGAUGGUGAUGCAAAUUGUGUCUGGUGCUUCUUAGAAGAAGCUUGUUCUUUCACGCAGGGUCUGUGGGGUGAUGGAAAACGGGCAUUCAUUCAGAAACAGCCAGGAUAUGGAAUGCCAUAAGUGAACAGUGAAAGUCGCAACAUUUAGCCUGGAAUCCCGACUGUUUUUUUUUUACGCAGUCUCGCCUCCAUGAUUACUUUGUGAUUUCUUGGAAAGCGUGUUAUUCCUCAUAGUAUUUCUUCCGAUACCAUGUUUGUUCAAAAUGCUGUAAAAUUUCACUGAGGUUCCCUCUCUUGGGGAGUAAGAUUUUUGAAUUGUUAUGAUUCCAUAUUCUCUAAGGCUGUGAAGAGGGUUGCGUAGUUUUAUAGCCUCACGUAGCAUUAUACCCUGGUAAUGAUUUAUGGACUCAUCAUUCGCAAUUGCGAGCUUUUGCAAAUGCGUGGGUGCAUUCUUCAGUGCUUUAAUAUACCUCAGUGAACGCUCAGACGCAUCAAAAAUGUGUUUUUGGUGUUCUAUUUCUUUUAUUAUCAUGGGGACCUUUUUCCUGUAUUAGCAUUUCUCGAGUGUAAGUUUUUAUCUAAGAACCAUUCAUGCAGAAUCUUCCAUGUGCUUCUACUCGAGUAUGAGGAAUGGAAAAAAGGAGGAUUGUGUCACUAGAGUUUUCGUAAUCGGAACGGUGUUCACGCUUCAGCCUUUCAUGCUUUGUGUUAUUGGUGCCCACCGACCUAUUAUAAAUUGGAAUGCACUUGAUGGGAAGGUUGUGCUGCUGUCCGAUGAGUAUUUGUUCUUCCUUCUGUGUAUGAUUGUUGACGCCCAGUCCCAGUAUGUCUUAUUUCACAAUGUUAUGGCCGUUGGCAAAGUUAGAUUCUCACUUGCGAUAAACUAUGAGCAAUAUUGUCCCACUUGUGCUACCCAUCGUAGUUGGCUUUGUAGAAAUCUUUCAUGGGAAAGGUGGGCGACUAGCAUCGUUAUCGUUCUUGAAGGUGAUUGGUCAAGAGGCGGAGAUGAAAUGGGCAUCUCUGUUCGGCAUGGGUUUUUCGUUUGCUCGGAUUGACUCAGCGCCUGCACCGGCCGCAAGCUGUUCCGAUUGAUUUAACUCGUUGCCAGGAUUGGAAUUACAGGAUGCAGCGGAAGAAAGGCCAGUUCAUAUCCUCUAAAUUCAACCCGGAGGAUGCCGCGUCGGCUUCCCUGGGCUCCGAUCUCGCGCAGGGGGCCUGCCUGGAGGAGGCCCACCAGAAGACUUUGUAAGCUCCCUCCCCCCCUGCCUCCAGGUCGCCAAUCUCUCUUGAGUGCUUAUCUAUCUCCCUUCUGACUCUCUCGGUGUUCCCUGCAGUUGCCAGCACUGCGGGUGCAGCCAGGCGUCCACACCCAUGAUGCGUCGGGGCCCAGGAGGUCCAAAGACCUUAUGCAAUGCGUGCGGGCUCAUGUGGGCGAACAAGGUCUGUACAUCCUCUCGGAGCAGGAGUUUAGAUCCUCUCCGUGAAUCCUUCUCCGUCACCUUUGGUAUCGCAGAAACAUGGAGAGUGGCUGACCCGAUUCUCCGUGUCUCUCGCAGGGGACGCUGAGGGAUCUCUCCCAGAGCUCCUCCGCAGCGGCGCCGCCGACCCAAGUCUUCAACGCAAACGAUCCGGCGUAG